AUGGAAUGGGGAAGGGGGAGGUCCAGGAAGGGCAAGAGAGGCGGCGGCGGCGGCAGCGGCUCCGACAAGCCGAGGCAGCCGCAGAGAGGGCUCGGCGUGGCGCAGCUGGAGAAGAUCAGGAUGCAGAGCGAGAUGGCUGAGUACUUGCACCGCCCUCUUGGUCACCCGCCUCCGAUCCACAGAACUGGUAGCUUCAACUUGGAAGACUCGCGGCUGUCUCACUCGCUACCUUCGUCUCCAUCCUCCUCCGCCUUCUAUGCUGCCAACAUCGGUGUUUCAUCGUCCUCCUACCCGAUUCACCGUCCGACUCAUCAUCUUGCGAUGGCAUAUGUAGAGAGAUCUGGAGACAUGAGAUAUGGUGAAUUUCAAACCAAUCCCAUCAUCAGGUCACCAAAUUACCAUGACGCUAUCUAUGGUUCAGAAGCACAUUAUUCUCAUCCGAGCAAUGCAACCUUGCCUCUCUUCAAUCCUCAGGAAUCAAUUUGCUUGAACAGACCGUACGAUCUAAAUCAAACGGCAGACUCGUCGAACUUAGAUGAUCAAGAGGUAGAUCUUGAGCUCAAGCUAUGA